AAAAAAAUGAAAUUAAUUAAAAAAGGGAAUGGUAUUUUUUUAUAUGUGCUCAAAACUUUGUACCCCCGCGCACAUACAACCUUGGCAGUUACAGCCCAAAAAUAUGAGAAGGUGACUACUUUUUGUUUUCCUUUCUUUUUCUUUUUUAAAAAUGGAAUUAAAAAUUAUAGAGCAAGACACACCUGAGCCUGUACAAGAAACAUUAUGUGAAAUCUGUGAGAAACAGUUUUCGAAAUAUGUUUGUCCGAGAUGCAAUCUUCGUUAUUGUUCAUUAGCUUGCUAUAAAGACAUGCGCCACGCUGAUUGUACAGAAUCAUUUUAUAAACAAAGCGUGACAGAAGAGAUAAAGAGUCGAGAGAUUGAUAAAGAAAGCAAAAACAAGAUGCUAGAGAUGCUGAAACGCUUAGAAGAAGAAAAAGUUGAAGAGGACGUGCUAGAAGACGAUGAAUAUGAUGAACUAUUAGAAAAAUUUAAUGACCUGGAUAUUGAUAAUGCAGAUCCAGAACUAAUAUGGAGUAUGCUUUCAGAGAAAGAAAGGCAAGAGUUUAGAUCAAUGGUGUCUAAGCUAGAUGAUACGUGGCAUAAAUUUGACUUACCUGACUAUAUACCCUGGUGGAUUAUCAUUCAGCAAUCAAGGAUUCAAGAUAUAACAGAACCAACAAGUGAUGAUCACCGUAUACCACAGCUUCCCGAUAAUUUGCCUGAUUUUAGCAAAAUGACACAGCCUAGUGCUCGAGAAAGCCCGCAUCUGAUUUGGAACAUGAUACAUAUUCUUGCAACCUACAGCUAUCUUAUGCGCCACUCCAUGGGUGAAUUACUAGAGGAUAUACAAGAUACAGUACAUGUGAUCGAGACAUUAUCGGCUGAAAUCUUGUUUUCAACAGCAGCAUCAUGUCCCUUUGGCAGUAUACACGAAGUGAUUGAUGAUAUCGUUGAGCGUAUUCUGCGUUUUCAGGAGCAGUCUAGUCCAGCAAAGCGCAAAAUGGCAGCAGCAACAGCGAGAUACGACUUGAAGAUAUUGGUUAUUCAUGAUCUAUUGAAACUCGUUCCUGAGCGUAAACGAGCCAUGUUUGAUUUCUGGCUUGCUCUUGAUCAAAUAUCGAAAAAAAGAAAGAAAAGAAGCGUGGGCUUGGCUGUCCGUAAACUUUAUUUUUACUGGGCUGCGGCCUGUGCUUUUGAGGAUCUGGAGCUCGUGUUGGCGUCUCUUAGGAGUAUUUUGUCCAAGAUAGAAAUCGAGAAAACGGAUUUUGAACAAGAUCGUGAGGCGGCACAACGUGCGAUAAGAGAAUAUCAGAAAGCAGGUUCAACAGCAAAAAUACAAGAGAUUUAGGUUUCUUUUUUUUAUUGCAAUAGACAAAAGGCUGUAUAUACAUAAAUAUACAUAUAUAUAAACUUCUAAAGUUUGGCUUGUCCUUUGCCAUUUUUGCUUUCUUGCUUAACACGAUCGAU